UCCAUCGGGGGAGGGAGGUGCCCCUCUGCCUCCUCACUGGUUAACGCAACACUUGUGAGUGCUCAUCCAGUGGAAGCUUUUAAUCUGUGUUGCAUGCGCGUGUAUGACAAAGUCACUUGCGAACCAGAUUGACAUACUAGUGAAUACUUUUUCGUUCAAUUACAUUGAAACAGUUUGUCCAUGGCAGUCUUCAUGGACCCUUCAAAUAGCAGAAUCUAUUAUACAACAGAUACUGCCUCCUAUAUUUCCUGGUGAAGUAGCACUGGCCUCCCUUGGUGAUUCGGGGAGCAUUCUAUUCUAAAACGAACGCUCCCUGGAUCACCAUGGGUGGUUAGUUUUACUACAUCACUCAAAAGAUUCACUAUUUAUAUACGUAAGGCACACAUACGUGCAUGAGGCUGGGAGUUUGUGCAGAGUAAAAAGAGACUCAACAUCAGAGUCCCAAUUCCACACAACAAUGGUAUUCAAGUUCAUUAUGCACAGGAGUACAUGCAUGUGCAAGCUAGUGUGCUGCGUUGGUACUGCAUGACCUUUAUAGCCAGUCAAUGGAGAUUUCGUUGGCGUGUAGCUUCUCCUGAUGACAAUGAGCCAAUCUAAAUAUAGAAAUUUGGCUGGCGGUACAUGUACACGUGUACAUGAGUAGCAGGUGUGGCACCAGGAGUAUUGCAGGUACAGCGACAACCAGCCCCGGUCGUGUCGAGCUGUUCUACAAGAAUUCUUGUUAUCCUCUCACAUCCUAAAAGGAUCUCACAAGUCAGUUUGGGGGAUAUGGCAUCUAACGUCACAGUCCAAUCUGUCUUGGGAAAGAUUAGCCAGGGUCAUCUGGAAUGUUCCAUCUGCUCCUGUCGUUUCAAGGAGCCUAAACUGCUAGACUGCUUACACAGUUUCUGCUUGAAAUGCCUCCAAGAGCUCAGACACCACCAUGACCCAGAUAGUACCAAGCUAACAUGCCCUCUCUGCAGACGUGACACCCAGCUAAAAGGAAAUGAUGUUGCUACACUGCCUACCAACUUUACACUGGGAGCCCUAGUGGAGGAAUUCACCAUGCAAGAGAAUCUGCUUGAAGGUCAAGGGUCAGAGAUCAAAUGUCAAAACUGUGAGGAAGAAAAUGAAGCCAUCUCUAGAUGCAGUGACUGUGACAGUUUCCUGUGUCUAGAGUGUAAUAAGGCACAUGGACGAAUGGCCAAGAUGAAACAUCAUGUGGUGAACACACUGGAGAAGCUACGAUCAGGUGAGAUCUCUUACAGGAGUAAACUCAGAGAGCAGGUUCCAAAAUGUGGCAAGCAUCCGGACCAGAAUGUCACCAUCUACUGCAACACAUGCGAGCAACUGGCAUGCACAACCUGCUCUCUUCUUGAUCAUGCAAAGCACUCUCUCACUGGACAAAUGGAGGCCUUGGACAAGUGCAAACGAGAGAUUAGUGAACUGACUUCAAAAGCUGAACAGAAACAAAUUGUUCUGAAGGUGGCAACACAGGAAGUUGAAAAGAUGCAAAACACACUGGAUAGUAUGCUUGCCAAUGUCCACAAGAAAAUAGAUCAAAAGGUUGACGAAUGGAAGAAAAGACUGACAGAGGAGGGGGAGACAUUGAAGCAAGAAGCAGAGAGGCUCUACAAAGACAGGGCUAAGCAACUGGAAGCAGCUCAUUCAUCCAACAGCACAGAAGUGAGCCACACAGAGCAAAAGCUGGAUGAGAUGAAACAACUCAUGGAUCAGGCGAGCUGCCACGAGAUACUGGAUCUGAAGCACAAAUUACUGCACAACCUUAAAGAACUGACAGAGAGAACGCCGCACAAAGUACCCCAUGGCCUGCCCUCUAUUGACUUUGAAGCCAGUGCCACAACAACGCUGACAUUAGGAAGGCUGAUCCAUGUAAAUGAAGAUGACCCAACGAGAGCUGACGGUUCAACCUGCAAAGCCAUCGAGCCAAGUGCCAAAGAAGUGUCAAAGAAAAACAGAAAUACACAAGUUUGGAGAACAUAAGACAGAGUUGGAAUUGGCAACAUGUGUAGCAGCAUUUUCUGACAAUGAAGUGGUUAUCGUGGACAGGGAGUGCGACAACUUGAUCCGUUAUGAGCCCA